UUUCAAGUGUGUACUGUGUGUUAUAUGUAUUUUAUACCAUUUAAUUAUUUCAAAUAGCUAUUAAAACUUUGAGUAUAUAUAUAGCAUAUGUUACUAAAUCAACAAAAUGAAUAACAGUAGUAGAGUAUUACAAGAAUGUAAACAAUUUUAAGCCCCGCCCCACUUUAUGACAGCCUAAGAAAUACCUAAUACAUUUCGUAAAUAAUUGUAGUAUUUUGUUCAAAAGACCGUCUGUAUUCGAAAAUAUUGUUAGUGUUAAAAUAUAAAUAUCUAUGUGUGUGCUAGCAAGAUAGUUCUUCAACAAGAAACGGCACUAAUGGAUAGUAAAGAUCUAACAAUACUGGGUGUGUUUUGCCUCCGAUAGAGCUGAAUUCAUUUAACAGGGUUAAUAAAUAACACAGCUUCAAACAUGUCUGCUAGUCAACUUUUGGAUUCAUGUGUCUUGGUCAAUAGGAGGGUGGAACAAAGAAGGGAACAUAGCAUCACUCACACUGAAAUUACCCAAAGGAGAAUAUUACAAGAACAGGGUCCCGAUAUGCAGCAUUACAAAGGUCCAGACGCAUCAAGCACUUUAAGCGACGGUGUUUAUCACCCACAUAGUAAUGGACAGUCGGAACAUUCUCCAAAUUCAAGCCACAUGUCUGUACACAGUGAUGAACCAUUAGUAAGAACUCAAAAACAACAAACCACUCAACAAGUGACAACUGUGACGAAAGUUGUUCGCGAAGUGCAGCAGUUAGAAGAUCAAACAGGGGAAUAUAUACCUGUAUCUUUGGGAUCUUAUUCCCAUCCGUCUCAAUACGUUGACUAUAUUGAACAACCACCCCAUCAUAUGUAUUCUCAAUAUCAUCAACAUCCACACUAUCAAGAUUAUGACCACUUUCCCAACCCCUAUGGUGCCUAUAUGGGCUAUUCAGCAGGAACUGAGAGACCAACAACCCCUCCUAGUCCUAGUGAACACAGUGGUGACCCUUCUCCGUUACCUUUAACAUCUCAACCCAAUGUUGCAUAUGUAGGAGCAGGAUAUGACGAACUUCCUGAACAUUAUAGAGUCACUCCAUCUCCUGGAGGGCCAAUAGGUAUAGAUCCUUACCAAGAUGAUUCUGGUGUUGUUUAUGGUUAUGUGUCACCUUCCCCAUAUGGCACUGCGCCAAGUCUUUCUCGUCCUUAUGUAGAUAGUAUUAAUGGACCUGUACCAGUAGGAACAUCUAUGAGAUUGUUUGAAGAUGAAGAUCUUCAAAAGCAUGUUGGUAAGAUGUCUUUACAUGGCCACAAUGUUGGAUUAACCCACGAUAGGGCACAUACUAUGGCUUCUCCUGGUAGUAUUGGUGGAGAUGAAGAUCAGAGGGGAAUGCGCUGGCGUGACCCUAAUCUUACUGAAGUCAUCGGGUUUCUGAAUAACCCCAAUAAUGUGAUCAAGGCCAAUGCGGCAGCCUAUUUGCAACAUUUGUGUUACAUGGAUGAUCCCAACAAGCAAAAAACGAGAGCUCUUGGUGGUAUACCCCCUUUAGUUAAAUUAUUAAGUCAUGACAGUAUUGAGGUUUAUAGGAAUGCUUGUGGAGCUUUGAGAAAUUUAUCUUAUGGCAGGCAAAACGAUGAAAAUAAGAGAGCUAUAAAAAAUGCGGGUGGUAUACCUGCUUUAAUAAGUUUGUUAAGAAGGUCAAACGAAGUAGAUAUAAAAGAACUUGUUACUGGUGUCAUUUGGAAUAUGUCUUCAUGUGAAGAUUUGAAAAGGAAUAUCAUAGAUGAUGGUGUAGCUACUAUUGUUACUUACAUUAUAAUUCCACAUUCUGGAUGGGAUCCACAAGGAAACCAUGGAGAGACAUGCUGGUCAACAGUAUUUAGAAAUGCAUCAGGUGUUCUAAGAAAUGUUAGUUCAGCUGGAGAAUAUGCAAGAAAAAAACUAAGAGAAUGUGAAGGAUUAGUUGAUGCAUUACUUUUUGUUGUACGCUGUGCCAUAGAUAAGUCAAAUAUAGGCAAUAAAAUUGUAGAAAAUUCAGUGUGCAUUCUUCGUAAUCUAUCGUAUCGAUGUCAGGAAGUAGAAGAUCCAAAUUACGACAAAAAUCCUCUACCAACACAAACUAGAGUGGCAGCUAACUCUUCAAAAGGUGAAAAUUUGGGGUGCUUUGGUGGCAGCAAAAAGAAAAAAGAUAAUCAAACCUCAGAUUCAAAAGAAAACAAUUUUACCUCUGGUGCUCCAGGUGGCAUGUCCAGUGUAAGUACUAGAGGUGAUCCAGUGAGAGGUAUGGAACUGCUUUGGCAACCUGAAGUUGUACAAUCCUAUUUAGCUCUCCUACAAAGUUGUUCAAAUCCAGAAACUUUAGAAGCCGCUGCUGGAGCCCUUCAAAAUCUGGCAGCUUGCUAUUGGCAACCAAGUAUAGAAAUACGAGCAGCUGUGCGUAAAGAAAAAGGUCUCCCAAUAUUGGUAGAGCUCCUUCGUAUGGAGGUUGAUAGGGUAGUGUGUGCAGUGGCAACAGCACUAAGAAAUCUCGCUAUUGAUCAACGUAAUAAGGAACUCAUAGGGAAAUAUGCUAUGAGAGACCUUGUUCAAAAACUUCCAUCUGGAAAUACUCAACAUGAUCAAGGUACUUCUGAUGAUACUAUAGCCGCUGUUUUAGCCACUUUGAACGAAGUUAUCAAGAAAAACGCAGAAUUUUCGAGAUCUCUUCUUGAAGCAGGUGGUGUUGAGAGACUGAUGACUAUUACUAGGCAACGACAAAAAUAUACUCCAAGGGUACUAAAAUUCGCUGGACAAGUUCUCUUCACUAUGUGGCAGCACCAAGAUUUAAGAGAUGUUUAUAAGAAACAUGGUUGGAAAGAACAGGACUUUGUUACAAAAACUGUAGCGGCCCGAAAUGCUGGUCCCAAUUCACCAAACAACGCAAACAGCACUUUAAACCGCCCAAUGGCAUCGCAGAGUGGCACAAGAUAUGAAGAUAGAACAAUGAAACGCACCACCCCCGGCAACAGGAGCGCUGGUGUCUUCCAAAGGGAGAAUGACAUUCCAACGGCAGAUAUGCCGUAUUCAGACAACCAAGCUGGUUUAGGACGAUCGUAUCAAUCAGGUCCAGGUCCAAAUCCACCUCCAGUUAGUCACUAAGAAUGCAGGCCAAGUGCACAACCCUACACAUCCGUGUCAAUUGAUUGCGUUUGGUGAAGGAGUUGCUCAAAUUAGCAAUAUGAUAUCGAAGUUUUGCUGUACCGGUUGUAAUAUAAAAUAAAAUGUUUUCAGUCUCGAUGACCUAAGCCUCUGGUAACCCUCGUGUAAUUUCUCCAUAUUUAUAUUUGAGAAGGAAAUAUUAAACAUAGUCACUUCCUCACUCGCA